GCUCGUCGAGGUCGGAAAUUCCAAAUACGCGUGGCCGGCCGCCGUUAUACGGCCUUGGGCCGCCGUUCGCAGUGCACUACUUUACCUAAGCUUGCGUAAGAAUACCUUACUGGUGACAUCUGCAAGAAAAUGAAGUUUUACGCACUAAGUGGACAUCCGAAUAAGCCGUGCAGCGUGCUACGCUUCAAGCAGUGCACCAUCAUGCUGGACUGUGGCCUGGAUGAGACGACAAUGCUCAACUUCCUGCCUCUGCCACUGGUACCGAGCCGUCGGCUGGCCAGCCUGCCCACUUGGACGCCCAAGGAGCAGCCGCAGGUGGAGGGCGAGCUGCGCGAGUGCGCCGGUAAGGUGUUCAUCGACUCGCCUCCCGAGUUCUGCCCGCCGCAGACGAGUCUGAUAGACUUCUCCGAGGUGGACGCCAUUCUGGUGUCCAACUACACCAGCAUGCUGGCGCUGCCGUUCAUUGUGGCCGAGCGCGGCUUCCGUGGCACUGUGUACGCCACAGAGCCGACGCUGCACAUUGGCCGGCUCUGCAUGGACGAGCUGCUCUACCACAUGGAGCAGACGCCGCGCGCCCAGCACGCCCAGCACUGGAAGCGGCUGCUGCACCUGCUGCCAGCGCCGCUAUGCCACGCUUAUAAGCCGAAGCUGUGGCGGCAGCUCUACAGCGCCGACGCCAUCGCCGACGCCGUGCGACGCGUGCACACGGUCGGCUACGGCGAGAAGAUGGAUGUGUUCGGGGCGCUGCGCGUAAUGCCAUCCAGCUCGGGCUAUUGUCUGGGCUCAGCCAACUGGACCAUCUCCUCUGAAUAUGAGAAGAUCGUGUACGUGAACGGAUCGUCCACGCUGACCACACACCCGAAGCAGCUGGAGCAGGCCCAGUUGCGCGGCGCCCGCGUGCUCAUCCUCAACGGUUUGACCCAGGUGCCCAGCUACAACCCGGACGACAUGAUCGGCGCGUUCUGCGCAAAGGUGGCGCACACGCUGAAGGGUGGCGGCAACGUGCUUGUGCCUUGCUGCCCGUCUGGCAUCGUGUACGACCUGAUCGAGUGCCUGGCCCCGUACCUGGACCAGCAGAGCCUUAGCCAGGUGCCGCUGUUCUUUGUCUCGCCGGUUGCGGAGCACUCGCUUGCCUACUCCAACAUCCUGGCCGAAUGGUUGUCGCACAACAAACAGGUGCGCGUCUACCUGCCCGAGGAGCCGUUCCCUCACGGCCAGCUGGUGGCUGGCGGCCGGCUGCGGCCCUACAAAAACCUGCAGGCGGACGGCUUCAGUGCCGAGUUCCGGCAACCGUGCGUCGUCUUCGCUGGCCACCCGAGUUUGCGCUUCGGUGACACAGUGCACUUCAUGGAGCUGUGGGGUGGCAACGCGGCCAACGCCGUCAUCUUCACCUCGCCCGACUUCCCCUAUCUAGAGUGUCUGGCUCCGUACCAGCCGCUAGCAAUGAACUACUAUUUCACGCCUAUUGACACGUCCCUGUACUUCAGCCAGGCCAACAAGCUGAUUCGCGACCUGAAGCCGCAGGCGCUGCUCACGCCGGCUCAGUACGCGUCGCCGGUGCAGCGCUCCGAAUGCCAGCUGGAGGCCGACUGUCCGGUGCUGACCUACCGGCGCGGCGACGUGCUCACGCUGCCCGUGCGGCGCGCCCAUCAGAGGCUGCAGCUGUCGGCCGAGCUCAGUGAGCGACUCAGCCCAGUGCCAGUGGGCCCCGGUGUGGCAGCCGCCACUGUCACAGGGCUGCUGCACGUGCAGGACAACAGGCACCGGCUGGAUGUGGCGCCCACACCGGCGUCGGAAGCCGCCAGCCUGCAGGAGCUGACGGAGGCGCGGCCCCGUUACCACACUUACGGCGCUGUGCACGUGCCCGAACUACUGCAGCGGCUUACGCAGCACGACAUCAACGACGCAAAGGUGGAGGAGGGACCGAACGGCGUGAUCGUGCAUCUGCAGGAGGAGGACACUCUGAUCCAGAUUGACGCCAGCUCCACCCACAUCAUCUGCGGCGGUGACGAGACGCUGCGUUGCAAACUGCGUGACACACUGCUGCACUGCCUAAACAAGUUUUGAGGCUGCUUCCGUCCUGCUGCGGACACCGCAGGCCUCAUCGUAUCGCAGGGCCGGCUCGGCGAUGGUGCGUCUGCACGGCUGGAGGUAUGGGGUGUUUGUCGGCGCCAUUGUCGGAAGUCUGGCGGCGGCCUUCUAUCCAAUCGUGGUUCACCCGAUGCUGCACAGGGACGAGUACCGCGAGCUUCAGAGCCGUAACCGCGCCGGCGUGCGGCAGCAAGACGUCCAACCCGGUAAUAUGAAAGUCUGGUCAGAUCCGUUUGACCGGCCCAAACCCGACGAGCGGCCAUAGAGAGUGUCCAUCGGGCUACUGCGCAUCAAUGUGGGCCGCAUAGCUUCGCGUCGUGUCUAGUGUCCGUGUUGAAUAUAUGUUUCACGAGCGAG